CUCCUCCUCCUCUCCCCAGCCCCUCCCUUUCCGUCUCUGCUCGCCUCUAUCCUCUUCAGCUUCGCCUGCCUGUCAGAAAGGUACUCUAGUAUUGGAGGCUAGGCUACCCUCCUCCCGGACCCCGUACGAGAGCCAGCCACCGUCGUACCCCAAGGCUCGGGCUCCCCACUCACGGCUCCAACCAUGGCAACCACCGUUACCACCAGGUUUACCGACGAGUACCAGCUGUACGAGGAGCUCGGGAAGGGAGCUUUUUCAGUGGUGCGUAGGUGUGUAAAGAAGUCAUCAGGACAGGAAUAUGCUGCAAAAAUCAUCAACACUAAGAAGCUGUCUGCAAGAGACCAUCAGAAGCUUGAGAGAGAGGCUCGUAUCUGCCGUCUCUUGAAGCACCCCAACAUCGUGAGACUCCAUGACAGCAUUUCAGAGGAAGGCUUUCAUUACCUAGUCUUUGACCUGGUGACAGGAGGAGAGCUGUUUGAAGACAUUGUAGCCAGGGAGUACUACAGUGAGGCUGAUGCCAGUCAUUGCAUUAGUCAGAUCUUGGAGAGUGUCAAUCAUAUCCACCAGCAUGAUAUUGUGCACAGAGACCUCAAGCCUGAGAACCUGUUGUUGGCCAGUAAGAUGAAGGGAGCUGCAGUGAAGCUGGCAGACUUUGGUCUUGCUAUUGAAGUGCAGGGAGACCAGCAGGCUUGGUUUGGGUUUGCGGGCACCCCUGGCUAUCUCUCCCCUGAAGUCCUGAGGAAGGACCCUUACGGCAAGCCUGUGGACAUAUGGGCUUGUGGUGUUAUUCUCUAUAUCUUGUUAGUGGGAUAUCCUCCAUUCUGGGAUGAAGAUCAACACAAACUCUAUCAGCAGAUCAAAGCUGGAGCAUACGAUUUCCCGUCCCCAGAGUGGGACACAGUGACUCCAGAGGCGAAGAACCUGAUCAACCAGAUGUUGACCAUUAACCCAGCCAAGAGAAUCACUGCCGAACAGGCCCUCAAACACCCUUGGGUCUGCCACCGUUCUACAGUGGCAUCCAUGAUGCACAGACAGGAAACUGUUGAGUGUCUCCGAAAGUUCAAUGCUCGCCGAAAACUCAAGGGAGCCAUUCUCACCACCAUGCUGGUGUCCAGAAACUUCUCAGUGGGCCGGCAGCAUACCAACUCUGCUGCUGCCGCCUCCUCCACGGCCUCACUGGCUCAGGAAGCAUGCAAAAGUUUACUCAACAAGAAGUCAGAUUCUGCUAAGCCUUCUACCAACAACAGUAAGAACAGUAUAGUGAGCGCCAUCAAUGCCCUGAAAGACACCAACAUGGCAACCAACGCCCAGAUGGAAUCUCAGAGCACAGUGGUGCACAACCCUCCUGAUGGAGUCAAGGGAUCAACAGAGAGCAAUGCCACCAACGACGAGGAGGAAAUGAAAGGUAGGAAAGCGGACAGUUCGGUGCUGAGUCAGAGCAGCGCCACAGAGGAGAUGCCCCCACUUCUGCCCUCACCUCAAAGCUCACCUGCCAUUCCACCGCAUGACGUAAAGCGCAUGGCAUGGAACAGCACAGGGAACAGCUCCUGCCCUGACUCUGAGCUCUCACAGUCCUCCAUGCCUGCCGCUCCACUAGGGAGCAACACUGUCGCUGCUAUAAACAACACUAAGCAGACUCGUAAACAGGAGAUCAUCAAGAUAACGGAGCAGCUGAUUGAAGCGAUCAACAAUGGAGAUUUCGAUGCCUACACGAGGAUUUGUGAUCCUGGACUCACCUCUUUUGAACCCGAGGCCUUGGGGAACCUGGUGGAGGGCAUGGACUUUCACAAGUUCUACUUUGAAAACUUGCUAAGCAAGAACAGCAAGCCCGUACACACCACCCUGCUCAACCCACACGUGCACCUGAUCGGCGAGGAUGCUGCGUGCAUCGCCUACAUUCGGCUCACACAGUUUGUGGACACCACGGGCCGCCCUCGUUCCAGCCAAUCGGAGGAGACCAGGGUUUGGCAUCGUCGCGAUGGCAAGUGGCUCAAUGUUCACUUCCACUGCUCAGGAGCGCCUGCUGCACCACUACAGUGAUCAGUGGUCCUGAGCCUCCAGUCUACUGGAGUGUGUGUUUUGGGGGGCAGUUUUUUUCAGCGAGCGUGUUUUAAGAGGCACGUCCUCUGCGUGGAUUGGCUAGUGCCAGGAGCCCGGCCGGGCGAGAUCGCAUCCCUCUCCACGAUACCAACCAAUCCUGUCCCCCCUUUGACCUGCUGGGGGCCGGCUGAACACAAGACACCGCCCCCAUGGGAUGAUGCAUGCAUCUGGCGCCUGAUUGGAGGGCGCGUCUUUGCCCUCUAUCCCUCCCCUGGCAGCCAUCUUUUUUCUGCCCGCGCGAGAUGAGACGUCCUGCGUGAGGAGAGGAUUUACAGUUGAACUUGUGACAGUUUAUGAGUAUGAGUUAUGAAUAUGCUGUGUAAAUUAUGACUAGAUGUAUCAGAAACCACCAAAACCCAACCAAGCAUUUAUAUUCACUAUCUAAUAAGGGAGAAACAGAAGGGAGUGUGAGGUUAGCAGCUGAGAUUUUGGACACAUUUUUUGGCAUUCUAGGGAUUACCGGGUAGAAAGUGUUGUGCUCGUUACCCGGACGUUGAUGUAAAGAUGUAGGGAGAUUUUCCCCAACUGAAUUCCAGAGGGGGAAAAAUCAAGUUGGCUCAGUCAGAGAACUUGAUGACGAGAGAAACUUGAUAUCAAAAACAUGAAGCACCAAAGUGUAGAACUUUAGGCUUUUAAUGUGUUUGUGUUUUCGUUUGUGUGCUUGUUUUCCGACCGAACGGAAAAUCGUGUUGUUGUGGGAUUUGGGGUUUUUGGGGGGGGGGUGUCUGAUUUACGGUUACAUGUUUUGUUGUGCUUUUAGCAACCUGUUCCCUUUGCGUUCCUGUGAAUAACCGAAACUUUUGUUUUUAUUUUGUUUUUGGGUUUUGUUUUUUUUCGUCCUAUAUUCGAGGCUCCUUUUUAAAGCAGUUUUUAAAAAGAGGGAUUUUAUUGUGCAAAUUUAAAGCUAACCUGCGGGUGUUAACACGUUCUGUCUGUAUGCAGUGGAGGGAGAGGGUGGGCUGGGGAAGGCAUCCGCGUUUUGCAUGUUUGCCCGCCGCCUCUCCAUCAUUCACCCUCUCUCCUUUUUUUUCUCUCUUAAACCAUUCCCUCUUUUAACCCUCCCUCCCACUCAUUUUCUCUGCUUUCUGCAAGGGCCUGGUUUGUUUAUAAUCACUGUGUAAAUACAGUGUAUGUAUAGAUAUAUGUAGAAAAGUGUAAUAUAUGUACAUGUAUCUAAGAGACACUCAUCCUGUGCAUCUGAACAUGGGAACCACCCCAUGACCUCUGUGACCCCCAUCUAGUUUAGGAGCAACAUUUUCCUCAUCGAUUUCAAUUUGCUUUAAUUCUCCUCCUUAAAGUACUUCCUUAAAAUAUUGGUAGCUCUUAAUGAUUCACGACAAACAUGAAUACACACACUCAUGUGGGCUACCAGCUCUAGUCCCAUGGCCGUAAGACUGUUUUUGGAGACGGGGAAUAAUAGAAAUAACAGGUUGAAAAUAGUUUGACCCCUCUGCCCAACGAGACUCUCGACUUUUUAAACAUGAAGACCUUCAUCAUAGUGUUAUUAUCUCCUGAUCCCACAAUGCUGUGAGCCGUCUCUUCAUAUCAUAUGCACACACACACACACACACACACACACACGCACGCCUGGUGGUGUGUUUAGGCUUUGUAACAUAUCUGCACCACUGCUGUGUGACCACAGUGCCACCCUUGCUGUGCUGCUUAAUUGUCUCCAUCCAUCCGCGACAGUGGUAUCUUAAACCCCCCUGAUAUCGUCCCCCCCUGUGUACCAACGAGUCCCUACUCUUGAGAUGCUUAUUUGUAUCUCUUUGUUGUUUCUCUGUUCCCGUGUUACUGGUUUGAGUUUUUGUUGUCGUCGAUGUUGCUGUUAACUUGUCGUUUGGUAAUUUGCCGAUCUGCCAAGCUGGAGUUCUGCACUCUCCCUCGCACACAGAAGAGAAAAAAAGUGAAAAGUGGGAGGAAGUAAAGACAACACAAAAUUAUACAUUGAGUGAGUGAUCAUAGAUUGAUCGGGACUAAAUUAUUUAUUAUUGUAAUCUACCCUUGGUGGUUUUAAAUCGUGCCUGCUCAGUUGAGAGGAGUUUUGAAAGCCAGAGAGAGAAAGAGUUGGUGUGGGUGUGCAGGUUUUUGUGACCUACACUGUUGAACCAGAGCGGGAGACCUAGUUAUAUGCAUGUUUCAGUUACGCAUUUCUACCAUGUACCUACCUGAAUAAGGAUGGAGCUAGUGUUAAUAUAUGAUAUUUGCAUCUUUUGAAAUAAGAACUUCCUCCAUCCAGAAUGUUGAAUAGGUAACAUGAAAAAUAUAAAAAAAAACGCAAAAUUUUUAAAAAAAAGGAUUCAGGAGCCGUAGCUUGGUAUGAGGCCCUCGAUGUUAGCGUUUUCCCUGCGUUGUAAUGAUAUACUAUUGGGCUGCGCUUUCUCCCCCAGCCUUCACAUGGAUGCUGGAGUUUUUUUGCAUGAUCAUGAUGUACAAUGAAAUACAACCAUGAAUUGACGACUAUCAAGUGUUUGUCUGAGUGUUAGUUGGUCUUCAUCAUAGCUUUGCUAUUCUUCGAACUUGGAUCUUGAAAGUAUUUAAUAAAAAUACUAUUUCAGCACUG